CCAAAUGGUUUUGGAUAUAUUAAAUUCAAUUUAACAUUUUCGAAUUAUUUAUUAUAUACGCGUAGAUAUAUAGACACACACACACACACACACACACACACACACACACACACACACACACACACACACAUACAAUUCGCAUAUCAUUCAAUCAGGAAUAUCAUUCAUUAUCGAGAUACAUUAACUUCAACGUGACUAUCGAAUUGAAACGCAAAAAGUUGUGACGUUUUACGAAAGCGUUUUAUUCUUUUUUUUUUGUUUUUUUCUUUACAGUCGUAAAAAUUGAAACGUAUUUUAACAUUUUACCAAGGUAUCCGUACGAUAAAAGAUUAAUGAGUUCUAACGAAAAAAGAAAAAAAAAAAAAAUAAAUAAAUAUCAUUUCCGACGUCAGCACGUUUAAAAAUUUAUGCCUUUGCGUAAUCGCAACUGUAAAAGGAACGAAACGAUAAUGAAUUUUCUAGAAGAUAAAUUCGUGACAUUCCGAUAAGUAUAUAUGUACGUAUGCCCGUUUAUGUUUCGACCUUCUUUUUCAUAAGUACAUACAUAAAUAAUUUUCGCCGAGUGAAAGAUCAAAAACCGAUUAGAGGUUAAAAGGUAAGUGAUUACAAACAACGUUAAUAACAAAUAUUACCCAUCGAGAACGUAACCUUAGAAAGCUUGUAGAAACAAUGGAUCAAAGGUACGAGCAAUUAUAUAGUUUUAUUUAAUUAAAAAUAGUGACAAAGAAGAACGAUAGUUCCGAUAGAUCAAAAGUAAAGACAAAUUUGAAUGAAACGAUAGAAAAUUUGAACACGGGUAUACACGCCGCACGAGUCACGUGGUACAACCCACCUUUCGCCCGUGCGGCAUAGCUUCCACCUGAUUGGUCGCGGUUCGCGAUGCGGUGUCAUGGCGGCGCCGUGCAUCUCCGCUGCAUGAGCGAUGCGCAAAGAAAGAAAGAUAGAAGGAGAAAGAACGACGUAAUCAUCUUCCGAGUGCAUAAAAAGACAGACAGAGCGAGAGAGAGAGAGAAAAAGAGAGAGAGAGAAAGAGAUACGAGCUUUUCGUCGCGUUCUUUUUUUACGAUCUUUCCUCCAUUAGAAAAUAGCGGAGAAGGAAAAGAAAGAGAAGAAGAAAAAAAAUAAAAGACAAGUUACAUAGAUCGUUGUAAGUUACAAGAGAAUGGCGCGAUUGGCCAAUCGGCGAUCGAUUUUCGAGUGAGUGCAAGCGCGCGAAAGGUUGUGGGAGGACGAGAAGAAGAGGAACAAGAAGAAGAAGGUUUGCAAGGCCGUAACUAAAGAGUCGUCGACACCGGGUGCAUCGUUCGAGAAGGGCGUACGAGAGGAGACACCACCCCUCUUGUGUUUUAACCGUUCUCGUUCGUUCAUUCGUUCGCUCAUUCGUUCGUUCGUUCGUUCGUUCAUACGUUCAUACGUUCCUUUACUCGCACGGUUGCCUUCUCUCUAUCGAUCAAAUGAGAGAAAACGGUAUCCUCGUAUAGACCUCCUGUAGAGCCUCCUUUUGUCGUCGUAAGUCGGCGCGGCAUUCGACCGGAAUUCAUCGUCGUCGAAAAUCGGUUUUCGCCGACAUCAGCGGCGACAGUAGCAACAGUAGCAGUAGCAGCGGUACCAGCGAUAGCAGCAGUAGCAGCAGCAGUAGCACCAGCAGCAGAAGAAGAAGAAGAAGACAGUAGUCGUAACAGAGACAAAAAACACAGAGAAAAAGAGGGAGAGAGAGAGAGAGAGAAAGAGACGUGCGUGUUGUUCGUCGUGGAGGCAAGAUGAUCCUCCGUCGAAAAUCCGUGCACAGCUGCAACUGUCCCUGCCAUCAGCAUUGCUCGACGAGAUGCGCAGAAGAUGUUGAGAGUAUGACUGGCGAAAUAGAGAAUGGGGAUCUUGCAGUUCGAGAUGUCGCAGACCUUCUUCAACCACAAUAUGCUAUAAUUGCUGGUGGCAAAACGAGAGAAGGAUGUCCGAUAAUUACCUUUCCUGAUAAUUGUAGCUUCCAUAAUUUGACUGAUUUGGAUUAUCAGCGUCUCAUGCUAUAUCUCACUUCAGUGCCAACUUUACAAGAAGCCGAUCUUGGAUUCCAUUUAAUUAUCGAUAGAAGAAAUGAUAAAUGGAAUUCAGUCAAAACAGUCCUGUUGAAAAUUUCUGGAUUUUUUCCUGGAUUGGUACAUGUAGCAUAUGUUUUGCGACCAGCUGGUUUUUUACAAAAAGCUAUAUCAGAAGUGUCAAAUAAAUUGUUCAGAGAAGACUUUAAAUUUCGAGUUAUAUUUUUAGCAAAUGUUGCCGAACUCUAUGAGUUUGUAGAUAAAGAUCAACUUACCGAACAACUAGGUGGGAAUUUAUCAUACUGUCAUCACACUUGGAUACAAAAUAGAAUUAGUUUAGAAAAAUUCUCAUCAAUGACGCAAGAUGUAUCACUUGCAUUGGAUUCUUUUACUCGGCGUUUAUCAGAAAUAGAAUUUCCCAAUAAUACGAUUGCUACAACAACUUUAUUAUCUCAACAGCAAGCGGAAUAUAAUGAAUUAAAAGAAGAAAUUCUUAGUGCUGCUAGACACGGGGAGGCUCUUUUAGAUAGUGUACGACAAUUAACUGGCAAAGGUACACCGGAUAGAUUAGGAAAUGUUGCAGCAGUAGAAAGAUUACUUGUGCAACUGGAAGAAACUGAACGUACAUUUGACAUAUUUUGGUCACAUCACAGUUCACGUUUGAGACACUGUCUAGCCUUGAGACAGUUCGAACAAGACUUCAGAGAGCUGCAAACCACAUUAGAUCAACAUUUAAAAACUGUCGAAGAAAUGACAGAAGUUGGAGAGACUCAAGCAAGAGUUGAACAAUUGCUCUGUGAUACAUCAGCAUUUCAAAGAAUAUGCAGGGGAGACAUAGAUCGUGCUGAGGAAGUGAUAUCUGCAGGUCAACAGCUGUUAUCUGGAAGACAUCAGUGUCCUGCAGAUGUUGUAGAACCUAAAUGCGUAGAGCUUCAGAGGAUUUGUACUAUCCUUAGUCAACGAUUAGAAAGGCGAUUGCAUAUGUUAACAAAAUGCAGAGAACUCAUGGAGCGUAUAGAUAAGGCUAAUACUUGGUGUACACGUGGAAUAGAAUUGCUUGCAUCACAAAAUAGCACAACACCUCCAGACCAAGCUCUUCAAGAAUUGCAACAAUUGAUAGAAGCUGCAGAAGAAUUUCAUCAUCCUAGAUGUAUUUUCCAAGAUUCUGUCAUGCCAGAAACUAAAGCACUCAUUACUCAGGUUUUACAAAGAAUAGAAGAUGUAUCUUUGAUGUGCGAUAAAAGAAUUAUGGCACUCAAGCAACAAUUAAUUAAACCAACAAGACCAGUUCAAACCGUAACACCAGAACCAGUAAAGCCAUUACAACCACUGCCUCAAAUAGUAAAACCUGGUAGAAUCUUGAAGAAAGCCAAUACGAUGCCAAAAAUGGAAAUGAGUCCUAUAGAAGGAGAGUCUUCAUCGCCAGAAAGUGAACCACGAGAUAUAGAAGCUUUGCGUUUAAAACGCGGUCAUGUUUUAGCAGAACUUGUUGAUACAGAGCGGAUUUAUGUUGCCGAAUUAGGCUCGAUUAUUAAAGGUUACAAAAUAGAGCUAACGAAUGAAGCAAUGGCUCAUCUAAUACCAGCAGCACUAGUUGGCAAAGCUGAUGUACUAUUUGGAAACUUAGAGGAAAUUUACAUUUUUCAUGGAGAGACAUUUCUAAGGGAUUUGGAAAACUGUAUUUCAAAUACUGAGCUUGUUGCUCUUUGUUUUGUUCAAAGGAGAGAGAUAUUCUUCAGGCUGUAUAGUUAUUACUGUCAAAAUAUUCCAAGGUCAGAAAGAUUACGCGAGCAGAUACAGAAUGAACCACAAUUUUUAGCGACGUGUCAGCAAAGACUUGGUCACAAACUCCCACUUGCAGCUUAUCUUUUAAAACCUGUUCAAAGAAUUACAAAGUAUCAACUAUUAUUGAAAGAUUUGUUAAAGUAUAGCGAUGAACCAUCGUGUUGCACAGAAUUGCAGGAAGCUAUAGAUUGUAUGCUGGUUGUAUUAAAAUGUGUUAACGAUAGCAUGCAUCAAACCGCUAUCACUGGUUUUGGUGGCGAUUUAAGUGCACAGGGUGAACUUUUAUUGCAAGGUUCAUUUAGUGUUUGGAGCAGCAGUAAACGUGAACUUAAUCUUUUAAGAUUAAAACCUUCACAACGACAUAUUUUCCUAUAUGAAAAAGCGCUUAUAUUUUGUAAGCAUAGCAAGCCUCAAGCACACAAUAAAGCUACGUAUCAUUUCAAAAGAUACUUGAAGAUGUCUCAGAUUGGUUUAACAGAGUCUGUAAAAGGUGAUGCAAGACGAUUUGAAAUUUGGCUUCAAGGUAGAGCCGAAGUUCAUACGAUACAAGCACCUAGUAUAGACGUCAAACAAUCUUGGGUAAAACAAAUCAAAGGUGUUUUGAUGUCUCAAUUAGCUGAACUUAAAGGGAAACAAAACUCGGCGCUUGGAAAAUCUAAUCACAAACCUUUACGUCAAACGAUCUCCUGGGAAGCUCAAAAUAGUGUUUCUGGAUCUUUACGUACACUUUCAGUGGAUGGCAAUAGCGUUAUAUCACAUAUAACAGAUGUGUCUCAGUCAACGGAAGACGACGUGGCUUGGAGUUCAGAAAAUAGUAAUACUGACGAUGAAGAUGCCUUUGGUGACAGUCCUGGUCCAGCACCUGGUGGAAGAUAUGUAGCAUUAGCAGAUUAUUGCGCUGUUGGGCAAUCUGAAGUCACUAUGCAUGAAGGUGACAAUUUAGAACUUCUGAAAGUUGGUUGCGCAGGUUGGUGGUUUGUUAAACUCAUAGGGACAGGUGUUGAAGGAUGGGCACCCGCCGCUUAUCUGGAACCAAUGAAUCGGAAAACAUCACGCAGUUCUCAAUCAGUGAAUAGUCAAGAGACUAUAUGAAAUAGGCGAUUAACACAUUAGGUUGACUAAUGUGUUACCAUUAAUCCAUUACACUGUUGAGAAAUAUCAGUUGUUGAUAUUUACUGUUAAAGACGGUAUUUUGAAACUUUUUUCAAGAGGAAUAUACAAAGAAGACACAAUGAAAUUCUCUUCUAUAGAUUUCAGCUAACGGUUUGUAUAUGGACUUACACUUUUCUGGUAAGAUAUUGUGACAUGCAUUUGGAUAACAUUUACUUCAUUUUUUAAACAUGUCCAAUAUCCGACAUGGAAUGAAAUAUUAAGACGAGGAAGAUUUGUUGGAUUUUAAUUAUUGAGAGACGAGGAGAUAAUUUAUUAUAUACUGGAUAAUGUAAGAAUGUAUGAGAGAUAUGAAUUUGAUAAUUGCAUUGCAUUAAACCAUUUGCAAUGUUUCUUGAAUAAAUAGCGCUUACAUUAAUACAGAAAUGUACCUACUAUUGGAUAUAUCUAUGUGAAGUUAGAGAAAGACAUUGUAUUGUACAAAAAAUUGCUCGGUGAUGAAUUCCCAAAAAUAUGUGCACGCACACAUCUAUAUUUAGAAUUAAACAAGCGCGUUUGUAUAAUAAGGAAUAUGCAGAUUUUAAGUCUGUAUUACAUAUUAUAAAGCAAAGGAAUAAGGAGGUGAAGCUACUGAUUUAUAUGAAUACCAUCCUUGCAGUGUUAUUCGAUAAUAUUUUAACAAACGCAAACCACAUAAAGUUUGCAGAUAGUAGUCUUAACAUGUGACCUGUACAAUUAGUUAUAUCGGUUAUAUGCAAAUAUUCCAAAGUUACUACCAUUAUAUAGAGUAUUAUUGUUUAAUAUAUCAUUCAUAUGAAUGUGCGAAUGUCAUUUUCUUUGAUAUAAAAAAAAAGUGCAUGUAACUGCAUAAAUGCAAUAUAUUUUCCUUGUACGCUUUUUCACGAUAUUCAUCAAGGUUACGAAUUUGUACCUUUAGAAUAGAAUUAUUAUCUAGUUUCUUUCCAUAUAAGCAAUAUAGUACAAUUUAGAUUAGAUAUUUUUUAAGUAUUAUUAUACGAUAUAUAUGAUAGAAUAUUUGCAUACUAUCGGAAAAUGGUCACUUUGCCUUGAGAGGUGAAAUGUGUGAUACAUAUAUAUAAUGUUAGUUUUCAUGCUUCUGUGAUUAAUUAUUUUACACACAUGCAGAAGUAUUUAGUUAAAAUAUAUUGCCAUUUUUAGAAUAUCACAUAAUAUUGUUAAUGAGUCAUUGCGACCAAAUAACUGAACAUUUUCAACAAUCAUGAAUAAAAAUUUGGCUAAUAAAAAUGUUAAAUUAAUACGCAAAGUGAAAUGAUUGUGAGAUGUACACAAUUCUUUUAGAUGAUAAAAUGUUAACACCAAGUAUCAUGCAAUAUUAAAAGAAAAAAAAACACAAAAUACAAAAAACACAAAAAAAUUGAGUACGAUAAUAUCUCUAAUAUUAAAGAUACAUAAUAUUUUAGGAAUCAAACAGACAGUCUCAGUUUUAGCAAAAUGCGUAAUCCACAAACAAAUUCAUAAUGAUAACAUAUGUGUACAUAUAAUUUGUACUCAGAGUUUGUAUGGACAUAGAUAACACAACUUAACUUAAAAAGCGUCUAUCUGCUUUCUUUUACUAAGUACUAUGCAGGAACUAUGUGCAUUAAAUCAACGGUAUUAUCUAUAAAAAAAUUAUUA